UUGUACGUACCUUUUUAUGAGCAUUUGUAUUUUUUUUUGUUCCAUUUUAUUACUUGUUUUUUAAUUGUUGUUUACUUUUUGAUCUUCAAAUGCAGUGUCGUGCUUUUGAUUCUUUUAUGCAAGUUACUAUGAGAUGUCGUGAUUUUGAUCAUCUCCACCAUUGGCAAACAUCAACUCUUUAUUUCCCUUGGAGAAGCAAGGACAACAAUUUUGAUUGUGGUGUCUAUGCAAUCAAAACCAUGGAGCUGUAUGAUGGUCAAAAUACUAACCAUUUUGCACUUGUUGACCUGAAAAGGGCAGCCACCAAAAACCUUGAGCGGUGCAGGCUUGCGCUUCGUCUUGUGGACCAUCCUUUAAACAAACUGAGAGAGAAAGUGAAGCAUGACUGUUAUGUUUGGUCUGCAAACAAACCUCAACUGAUGGCAAGACAGAAGUUAAGGAAGGAUAAAGAGGCUGUUCUAGAUAAAUUAGCAUGUAAUCGAUCAAAUAUGACAAAUAGAAAAGAAGCACACAUUUUACGGCGAAGGAGGGAUCAUGAGGCGCAAGUAGAAGAGGUGUUGAAUAAUAAUUUUGGAGACAAAGUGAAAAUAGAGCAACUGUUGAAAUUUCGUUAUUCUUAGUUGCCAAACUGUUUUUUUUUUUUUAUUUUUAUUAUAAUGUACAGUAGAAAUAGCACACCAUUAAUUUUUGUAAUGUACAGUAGAAAUAGCACACCAUUAAUUUUUGUAAUGUACAGUAGAAAUAGCACACAACUCAUUUUAUAUUUUUUAUCUUUAUAAUUGUACAUUUACACUUACUUUGAAUGGAAUACAUUUGUGUAAAUGAAGUUGUUUGAAAAUUAAUUGGAAAAAUACAAUCACCAACUGAAAAAUGAAAAAUGUAACUCAUAAUAAUAAGUGUAUGACAUAUAUUUGUAAAUAUAAAUUUUAAGUCUAACUGAAGCACUGUAAAUAGUAGCUGAAAAACAAACAAGUCUAACUGAAGGACAA